GAGUGUAGUUUAGCUUUCAUGAGUUAUUCACUUGCACGUACAAAUAGUAUUUUAUGAAAGUUGAAGGUUUUGAAGAGAGCCACAAAAUGGUUGUAAGUAUGCCACCUGAAUCCGUGUUCCCCACCUAAGAUCAUUUAUUGCCUCCUCUGUUUCUGCUGCCUGCUUUCAAUUCCUCCACCAUUUACCCAUUUAUGGUUAAUAGAAAGAUUACUUGAGUUGCCCCUCUCUCUCUCUCUCAUCAACUGUUUCUAGUCUUGAAUUAUCCUGCGUUCUUGAAUGCUCCUCGCCUCUUUAAAGCUGCUGCACAGUCUUGGAGAGCAUGAGAAAUUAAGUUGAUUGGCGGGUUGGUAAGAAUUAUGCCAAACGGUUUUCAAUGUUGAAGGAUCUCAUCUAAGCAAAAGAUUCUUUCGUCUGCAUUUAGGGAAAGUGGGCGUGCAUGUUCUUUUACUACUCUUGAGAAGAACAACAAAUACAAGAUUUCAUUUUUGUUUUCUGCUAAUUUCAGCCAUGUGUCCGGAUGCCUUAAUGCUCACUUCUUCUUCAUUUGGGUGAAAGAGAGAGAGAGAGAGGGUGUACAGUUGAGCUCAUUACACCAUUAGUGAAAAGCUCAGUGAGUAGAUGGGGUUUCAUUAAUUGAUCUCCAUUUUAUUGGGUUUUUGUCAGUUUACUUUUUUCCACCUUCCAUUAUCUUCACGAAGCCGUCUCAGUGAAGCAAAUGUGAGAGCUUCAGUCAACCCUAAGGGGUUGAUAGUGACACUAACUGGCGCCUUAUUUUGCACUUCAUUUUGGCCCCAGUAAUAUUCAAACAAAUCUUUAUCCACACCCUUCCCCCCCUUUUCAUGAUUGUGCUAAAUCUGUAAUUUAGGUUGUGUUCAAGCCAAAGAUAUAGCCAUUUUGUCUGUUGUUAACUUCUGCACUCCAAGAUUUUGUAGGUGCUUAGUGCUAAUCAAGAGGCUUUUAGCUAACUUAGGGUGAACUACAUGCUUUUUUACUGAUGGGUACAAAUUCAAGAAUUCCUUUUUAGCUAUACUCUCAUUUAUUAGUUUCCUUACACGGUGGUUGUUGUCUUGAAAGUCUGUUGAGUUUUAUCAAUGGAUGGUGUAUUGCCAGUACUGGUGCUUAGGCACAACCCCUUUUGCUCACUCUUCUUGUUCUCACCAUUGUUGUUGAUGUUCAUCACACUGCCACCACUAGUUAGAUCAGGCGAUGCCGAGGCUCUCUUGGCUCUGAGAGCCUCGAUGGACCCGGUGGGGGUGCUCCCGUGGGCACGGGGAGGAGGUGAUGUUUGCCAGUGGCAAGGUGUUAAAGAGUGCUUGAAUGGGAGGGUGACUAAGCUUGUGGUGGAGAGGUUUAACUUGAAUGGCACAUUAGAUGGCAAAAGCCUUAAUCAGUUGGAUCAGCUUAGGGUGUUGAGCUUUAAAGAGAACUCGAUUUCUGGCCAAAUCCCAGAGCUUCCUGGCCUUCUAAAUCUCAAGUCUCUUUACCUCAACAACAACAGGUUUUCUGGUAGAAUCCCGGUUAGUCUUGCUCGGAUGCAUCGCCUCAAGGUGGUUGUGCUGUCGGAGAACAGGAUAUCGGGUCAGAUUCCUCAGGCGUUUCUUAGUUUGAGCAGAUUGUAUGUGCUUUUUGUGCAGGAUAAUAGAUUGAGUGGUGCUAUUCCCCCUUUUAACCAAACUAGUCUUAGAUUCUUUAAUGUUUCUAAUAACUUACUAUCUGGGAGAAUACCUAUAACUGCAGCACUGGCUAAGUUCGAUGGAUUCUCUUUCCUUGCUAAUGUUGAUCUGUGUGGCGAACAGAUUCAAAAGCCGUGUCGUUUUGGUCCAUCUACAAGUCCAUCGUAUUCUGUAAUGCCCGGUGAAAUGGGACAUCAUCAUAAGUGGAACAAGAGGCUUAUUUUGAUUCCUGUUCUCAGUGUCAUCGGGUUUAUCCUUUUAUGUAUCGUUGCAGUGGUUUUUAUGGCGUGUUUGAGGAACAGAGGCGAGGAGAAGGAGGCGAGGGGUAAAGUGGCAGCACGAGGUGUGGAGGAGGGGGUGCCUAGUGGGGUAGCAGACGACAAUGCUGAGAGUAAACAUGGGGCAUUUUCUUGGGAUCAAGGGGGUGAAGGGCUUGGGAGUUUGACAUUCCUUGGUGAUGAGAAAAUGAAUUACAGCUUGGAGGAUCUUUUGAAGGCUUCUGCUGAGACGUUGGGGAGGGGCACGUUGGGGAGCACGUAUAAAGCAGUGAUGGAGUCGGGGUACAUUUUGACGGUCAAGAGGCUGAAAGAUGCGAGGUACCCGACAAUGGAGGAGUUUAGGAGACACAUUGAGAUUCUUGGUAGGUUAAGGCACCCCAAUCUGGUUCCGCUCAGGGCUUAUUUUCAGGCUAAGGAGGAACGUCUACUCGUGUAUGAUUAUUUCCCCAACGGCAGCCUCUUCUCUCUCGUACAUGGAUCAAGAGCUGCAGGUGGUUCAAAGCCUCUUCACUGGACAUCUUGUCUUAAAAUAGCCGAAGACGUGGCGACCGGACUGCUCUACAUCCACCAGAAUCCCGGCCUAACUCACGGCAACUUGAAAUCCACCAAUGUACUACUGGGGUCUGACUUUGAGUCGUGCCUCACGGAUUACGGACUCAGUCCGUUCAGGAACCCCGAGUCGCAUGAGGAGUCCAGCGCUUCGUCGCUCUUCUACCGAGCCCCCGAGUGUCGGGAUCCGCACAGACCACUAACACAAAAGGCCGAUGUAUAUAGCUACGGGAUCCUCCUGCUGGAGCUUCUAACCGGUAAGACUCCUUUCCACGACUUUGUGCAAGAACACGGCUCGGACAUACCUAGAUGGGUACGGUCUAUUCGGGACGCGGAGACCGAGUCGAGCGACGACCCUGCCUCCAGCAACGAGGCAUCCGAGGAGAAGAUCAGUGCUCUCUUGGACAUUGCGAUGGCGAGUGUCGCGGCGGCACCCGAGAACCGGCCCGCAACCGGGGACGUCGUGAGGAUGAUUCGAGAGGCGAGGGUCGAAGCUCACUUGUCGUCGAACAGCAGUGGCCACUCCCCUGGGAGAUGGUCGGAUACUAUCCACAGUUUGCCAAGGGAAGAACACUUGACUAUGUAACACGUUUAUAUGAAUUCUUUUCUACUUCAUUAGGUCAUGUUUCAGCCAUUGAUUUCCUCGGAAUUUGCAGACUAAUUGAAUUGAGCCUUCUCUUGUGCUUUUUGGUAGUGUAUUUCUCAAGUAGUAAUGAAAAUAAAACCGUGUAAUCUUUGUUGCGAUUCAAAAA